AUGUCUACCGAAGGUCAUUCCUCUGCGUUAAAUUCAAACAACAACACGAUGAAUUCAGAUUACAGUUCAAGUGUAUCUGUUGAUCGAGGAAAAAGACCUAUGUAUGAAGAUGAUACUUCACAAACGAAAUCGCAUGAUGUUGCUUCUUCGAGUUCUGUUGGUCAUUCAUCGUCUAAUUCUGUUAUUCUGCAUUCCGAUGGUGUUCAAUUUGCCGGUGUAGAUCACAGAGGUCGUGUAUCUAGCAAAAUAUAUAUCACUCCAGGCGGAACGAGCUAUUGGAUACCUGAUGUUCCUGUUGAGUUAAAACCUGUUUUAGGUCGUUACUAUGAUACUUGGGACGAUGUUGUCAAUAUGGCUGGUAAACCAAAGCUGCAAGAUUUUGACUCGAGUACUGUUAUUGAUGUUUCAAAUUGUCGUCGAAGCAGGCUACAAUGUUCACUGAAAGGUGGCCACCAGAAUGUUCGUGGUACUAAAACAGAUUACAAAAAUGCUGCUAGGGAUAUACGGCUUUUUAUUGGUGAACGAGACGCACAAAUGAUUGUCGAUACGAUGAAUGCUCGUAAAUCGAAUUUGCCCAACUUCUUCUUUGAGUUUACGGUAGUUGGAAAUGAGUUAAGGUCAUUGUUUUGGGCUGAUGAUGUGUCGAAAUGUAACUACGAGGCGUUUGGUGACGUUCUAGGUUUUGAUGCAACAUAUCAUACAAACCUGUAUAAAAUGAUCUUCGUGCCUUUUACGAGUGUGGACCAUCAUAAAAAAUGUGUGACAUUUGGGGCAGGACUUAUAUAUGACGAAACUAUCGAGUCUUACAUAUGGUUACUUAAAAUGUUCCUCAAAGCUCAUAAAAAACAACCGUUGUUGACCUUAACCGAUCAAGACGCAUCCAUGAAACAGGCUGUUGCUGCUGUCUUUGACAAGUCAAUACAUCGGUUGUGCAUGUGGCAUAUUGUUAAAAAGAUACCUGCUAAGAUAUCGGGUGACUCAUCAUCAAAUGCUGAUCUACGUAAAUCGAUACACAAAUUGGUAUGGAACCUGUUUAUCACACCUGCAGAGUUUGAAGAAAGAUGGCAGAUACUUAUGAAUGGCUUAGAGUUGAGUGAUAAUAACUGGUUGAAUGAAAUGUUUUCCAUUCGUGAUCAAUGGGUCCCUUGCUAUUUUCGAGAGGUUCCUAUGUGUUGUUUGAUGAAAACAACGUCUAGAUGCGAGAGCUCGAACGCGCUGUUUAAAGUACAUUCUGGUGGAACCAAUACUUUGGUGCAGUUCAUGAUGUGUUUUGAUACAGCAAUCGAUGGUCAGCGUCAGAAGCAGCGCCAAGCAGAGUUUGACAGUAACACGACAACGCCGUUUAUGCCUAACAAGAUUCCUAUAGAGAUGCAUGCCUUUGAUAUAUACACCCGUACAAUAUUCCUAGAAGUGCAGAAGGAGAUUUACAAAGGAUUGACACACUGUUUUAUAAUUAGAUGCGAGGAACUUGAUGGUAUUAAGUUCUAUACUAUUGCACAUACGAACAAGAGUUGCAAAAUUGUCAAUGAAUAUAAGGUUGAACUUGAUGUGCGCGAUAACACGGUUUCUUGUACGUGUAUGUGUUUCACUCGUAACGGCUACUUGUGUAGGCAUGUUUUUUGUGUAUUCAGGUUCAACCAGAUUGAUAAGAUUCCUGAUAAAUAUCAGUCCAGCCGGUGGGAUAGGGAUGUGCUUCCAAACAGGGUUCAUGCUAUUUCAAAUAGAUAUGCAGCUGACAAUGACCCAGAGUCUGUAAUAAGGAACGAGAUAUUUGAUUUGAUUGGUCAGUGUACUAUCCGUUUGAGACGUAAACCUGACAAACUGUCUGCACUAUCUACACAAAUAAGAGAGAUCAGAGAUAUCAUAUACGAGGAGUUUCCAUCUGAACCAGAUUGUAACAAUAAGAGUGCGGUUAUAAGUGAUAUCAUCGGGCAGCCCGAAAACGUUGAAGUUACUAUUCACCCACCACAAGGCAUCAGGAAUAAAGGGUGUGGCACCAACAAGCGGCUAAUUGGUCCGGGAGAGAAAGCUGUAGAGAACCACAAAAAGAACCCGCGUUUAUGUCAUCGAUGUAACAAGUAUGUGUAUGAUCAUGAUAAACGUAACUGUGCGAAAGUGCAAGCCGCUAAAGAGGCGGCAGCAGCUGCUGCUAAAGAGGCUGCAGCCGUAUCUGGUUCUGGUCGUUAA